CCCGCCUCCCGCUCAGCCUCAGCGCGCGCACCUGCCCAGUCCGGGCUGAGGAGGCGAGUCCCCGCGAAGGCGGGACGAAGGGAGAUCUGGCAGGUGGGCACGGCAGGCUGCCUAGUCCCCGCUGAACUAGCGCAGCGUGUGAGCUCUUUCCUCGGAGACCAGCUGGGAGCAGAGCGAUCCGCCGUGUGGCACCUAGUCCCCUUUCCUCCGUCAUGGGCCUCCCUCUGCUGCUGGGGCUGCUGCUCUCCCGAACCGUGAUUGAUUAAGGUAUUGGACUACGACCUGGGAGACCAGGGUUCGAAUCCCCACACAGCCAUGAAGCUCACUGGGUGACCUUGGGCCAGUCACUGCCUCUCAGCCUCAGAGGGAGGCAAUGGUGGCACCCUGAAAUGCCAGGCAGCAAUAGAGAAUCUAGGCAGAGCUCUGCUGGAUGCAAACCAUGUUGUGCAAUGUCCAUGGCCAGAGGUUCAGUGGGGCUGCAGUGGGCGUCAAGCACUAGAUGACUGGAGGGCUCCUUGUUCUCUCUCUUGAUCAGCCGAACAACUGCAUAAACGCUGAGAAUCUUUGUGUGGCUGACCCUGCCUGCAGUACCGCUUAUCAUACCCUGCAAAACUGUUCCCAGUCUCUUGCCAAGAGUAGUUUCCUCCUUCUGGACCAAGAAACCAAGAGCAGAUGUCUAGAGGCAGAGACAAAUGUAAAAAAGAGAUAUUUUCAGAGAUGCAAGUGUCACCGGCGCCCACGAAAGCAAGAGGAACAGUGCCUGCGUAUCUACUGGACUGUUCGUUCCACUUUAACACACGCUGACUUUAAUUUGGAGAUGUCACCCUACGAGGAUAUGGCAGAUGAAGAAUCUUCAAAGACCAAUUACAACAAACUAGCAACUAAGAUUGCAGGCUUGCAUAUAGCUAGCACAAAUCCCUGCCUACAUGCCACGAACGUUUGCCAUCUGGACCACAAGUGUAUGCGCCUACGCUCACUUUAUGCCCAGAUCUGCAGCAUAGGGUUCCCCUGUGAUCGGCACAAGUGCCACCAACGUCUGAGGCACUUCUUUGAGAGGAUCAGUGUGGAUUUCACCAAGAGGCUCCUCUUCUGCCCUUGUCAAGAUGAGCUUUGUGGGAAGCGACGCUGGAAUACCAUUGUCCCAGAGUGCUCUUUCCAGAGCAGCAUCAAGCCAAAUUGCCUCUUCCUGUUGGAGUUGUGCUUGAAGGACAAUAUCUGCAGAUCCCGGCUAGCUGACUUUCAAGAGCGUUGCAAUCCUUCAGGCACAUCUUCAGAUGGCUGCUCUCGGCAAAAGCACGCUGCAUGCCUGGAGGCUUACAUGGGGAUGAUUGGUACACCCAUGACCCCAAACUACAUCAGCAAUUCCAGUAAUGAGGUCUCACUGUGGUGUUCCUGCAAGGACAGUGGCAAUCAAAAGGAGGACUGUGACCAAAUCCUUGAUGCCUUUGCCAGCAGUGCAUGCCUAAAAAGUGCAAUUCAGUCUCAGAUGAACUCAAACCAGAUGAAUAUGGAGAGUUGGGAGCAACUGCAGUUUACACCAUCCCUAAACAUCCAGGGAGAUGGCACCAGCACAGUUUUCACUGCAAAAAUGUAUUGGCAACCUGGGGAAAAGAAGGUCCAGCCAGAGGUUCUUAUGCACAACAGCCAAAAAUCAUUUUGUAACUCUCUUUAUUCUGGAGCUCAGAUUUCCUCGCUCACUUUGACCUUGACACUGUUCCUUCUGUUACUUGGUCCGCCAUAACUUUAUAUAACUGGCAUUGUUCCUGACAUGUAAUUCCAUGAGAAGGGAAACUGGACAAUGUUUCAUGCCAAAGAGGAAGCACUGACUACUGCCAGCCUCUUCCCAAUGCACUCCCCUUCUGCUAGAACUCUGCCUCUUUCUCUCGCUGGUGGGCCUGCCUCUGAAGGAGGGGUAAUGCUGGUUCUCCUGCCAGUGAGCCAAAAGAAAAGAAAGUAGGCAGUUGGGAACUAUUUUUAAAAACUGAAAUCAAAAUAAAUGUUUUAGUGCAUUCCAAGAUUUUGAUUUAAAAGGAAGGAGAGGAAUCCAUUGUCUCUAGACUAGCAAGUAAAAUGCUAUUUCUGGCUUCAGGAUUGCCCCAAAAUCGGUCAUCUACUCUUUGGUGGUUUUUGGGGCCAUGUUGUACACUUGUCCGGUUCUUAAGCAAACAAAACUGAAGUUGUGGAGAGUGAUGCUGAAUUGUAGCCUCUGCACUUGAUCCCUUUGGGCUCAACAUAUCUUUGUUAUGACUCAUGAGACAUUUAACACCUCAGAGCUAGGCUGGGCUUCUGUAUUCAUCUUAGUAACAUAAACUUCCUUGUCCAAUAUUGUAUGAACUUUCUGGGCUUUCAUAGGAAUUAGCAUGCAGGCAUACUAAGGUUUUACUCACCAGAGUUUCCUGGAAACAACAAAUGGUCUGCCCCAAGCUUCAGAGCAAAGAUCUUUUCUACGUGUGAUAGCCUAGCAUUUCUUCACGUCUUUCUGAAUGUUUUGUGGUACCAGACUUUUAUCCAUAACCUAAUCAUUGUGGAUGUAAAGAUUUGUGUGGUGUAAACUGCCGUUCUUUUGUGCUGCAGUGGAAUAUUGUCCAUUUCUGGGUAAAGAACAAUAGUUCACACCCCAUACAUGUAACUACUACCUUGUUGUCUGCCUUACAUUUUUGUAAGAGGUAGUAAGCUGACCACAAUAACUUCAUUAUGUAGGUGUUUGAUGGCUGUAAAGAUGUAGUCAGUAUUGCAUCCAAUUUCCCUCCUGUUCUCCAAGAAAAAUACAUGGUGUUGAAGUUACCAAAGUUGCCUGUCAUAUGUGCAAGGAUCAGGGCACAGUCCAUCUUCGUGUGAAUUGUUUUGGCUCUGUGGAACAGAUUUCCUCAGCAGUGGAAAUUUUAGCAUGCUUUGUAUUUUCUCAUCCAGGUAUUAGUUUCUUCUUACUCGUGCCCACUGAAGGGGUCUUGUACUGCCCACCAGUGUCAACUCUAUUUCUAUGUGUAUAUACCAAACAAAUGUAUGAUUUGGAUGGACAAAUCUAUUCAAUCCAUUCUGCAGUAGUAAUGGUGUUUAUUGUUAUUCCAGCUCUUUAAUGAAGGCAAUUACAAAAGGAUUUGCUUGUAGCCUUUUAAAAGUGUUUGUAGCGGUUGUGACUGUACAAAUAACUUUGGAAGCGUGGCUUCUGAAAAACAGAAGGCAAGGAAUAUAGAAAGGGUUACAAAAAAGGCUCAUGGAUUUAAAAAAAAUACUGGGUUUGAUAGCACAAUAUUGGCACAGGAUAUGGAAUGUACCCAGGCAUUUGAAGUGCUGUGGGAAUCCAGACCUUGGAACAGGUUUAGAAUCCAUAUAAGCUGAGAGCUUUCACAACAAUGGAAAUUGUCUGCAACAUUCCCUAGGGUAGGCAAGGCCUGAAUGGAAAAUCAUGGAAAAUUCUAAAGUUAAACUUUGUUUGUAAAUUCAUUAUCAUAGGCCAAUUUUUUUUCCACAACACUGCUUUCCAUUCCAGUUCAAAUGUCAAGUCAGGUUUAUUUAUACAAAAUAAGUUACAAAAAUAAAGUUCAACAAUUGUAUCCAGCUUAAAAGCAUACUUAUUUUAGGAUUUCAAGGGCACAACUCAGUUAAUGAUAGGUGUAGCACAUGUAAUGGGAUGGGCACCUCUCCUCUGUUCAGAACAGAAGGGAGGGAAGGCUGUUUGUCAAUCUUGGCAUCCAUUGAAAUGUGGGUAUGUUUAAGGAGGUAUGUUGAAUGUAGGAGAAGCCAAGCUGCCACAAACAGGAACUGAUCAGGAACAGCAAAGAAUCCCUCCUGCGUUGUGGUUUUUUGAGGGGAUAUUUACUGAGACCUUUCAAGGGCUCCAUAGGGGGUACUGGCAGGCACUUUGGUGACCCCUACUAGAGCUUGGCUUUCCUCCCCUUCCUUGGUUAGAGUAAAUGGGUGACUUCAUAGGACCAUGCCCACCUCCUCAUCCUCUUUCAGGCCUCCCUCUCACUUUGAUAUAGAUUACUUGCUCUCCAGAGCAUAGGUUACUCACACUGUGGAGGAGGCAGUUUGGAUGGCAGUGGAGAGGCAUGCAUAUACAGUCCACGUUCACUCCAGUGGCCUCUUGCUCCCUCUACAUGGGAAGAUGGGGGAGGAGUAAAACAGUGUUUGCUGAACUUGCAACGGGCUGGAUCAUCCAUGCUCCCAACUGUCUUUAUUUCUAGUACAUUCCGCUGGAGCUGCGUUUCCAGCAUCUGGUGAAAAUGACACAGUUUCUGUUGACUUUUCAGUGUUGUGCUGUUCUUACUACUUACAUAAUUAUAAUAGUAAUUUGUCUAUAAUAUACUGAAUACACCAGCAACUCUCAUGCCUUUGUUGAAAAGGGAAACUGCAGGGCAAUAGAAAUUCCUAAAAUGUUAUCAUGUGUCUUCAAUAUACAAUUUAGGUCUCCUGGCAAACAGAGGAAGCGGGAGCAUUGAGAGCUGCUGUAAUGUAAAUUGCAAUAUCUUACAAAUGUGAUUCAGCCCAUAAUAUCCAAAAUAAAGUUUAUCUUACAACCCUGGGAA